AUGGCACAUCAAUCCGAUACCACCUCCUACACUACCGUGUCCGAUUCACACAGCACGGAGUUUGGCAACCCUAACCGGGAGGAAGUUGGUGUCAACGCUGCAACGUCUUCCCAUGCAAGAAGACCAAAAGAAACGGUCUCCAGAAACUCCUCAGCUAUCGCUCUGGACAAACCUUCCAAGGAAGGAUCGAGGGUUUCCGUUCCCUUGACCACUAUCAUACCCGAUGAUGGUGCAUGUCGUGAAACCGCAGUUGUGUUAAGAGAGAAUGUGUCUGGACUACCUGAAGAGGGUCCUAAGAAUGAUAAACCUGUGAGCAAAGUGAGAGGUGAGAAGGUUAGUGUCACUCAAGCUGUUGAUGCCAACCCUAGAGCUGACACAGUCAACCUGGAAGAGUUCUCUGAUAAUGAACUGUUGGCCUCAGUCAUCCCUAGCAUAGCCAAGAGGGUCAUGACUAGGAGAGAGAAAAAGACAGUUGUGCAAAAGUCCCCAACCAAGGAAGUUGAUGAGACAACCUCUCCCAAGCAAACAGUGACAGAGAGUGCACGCAAGAGAAAAGGACAUGGACCUGCAAAACCUUGGAGCAAAGAGGUGCCCAAGAAACUGAAGACCAAGGUUGUUGUGGUGGAAUCUGACUCGGAUGUUCCCUGUGAUGUCACAACAUCCCUGUCCAGGAAAAAGCCAACCUCUAGCAAGUUGGCUGCUAGUGUUCCAGAGGGCAAGCAUGUUCCUGACAUUGUCAUGACAUCGGAAGAAGCAUCCAAAGCUAGCAACCAACCAGAUAAAGCUGCUGUCAUUGCAGUGCUCAGAGAGACUUGCAAAGAGCUGGAGUCUAGGAAGCUUGCGUUGGAAAAGCUGAUCUUUCAAUUGGAGACGUCUGCUGAGGAUACGAAUGAAGCUGCUAGGCAAAGUUCUGAGGAUGAGGAGGAGGCCAGUUCUGAAGAGGAGGCUGAUGAUGAGGCUGAGGAAUAA